AUGACCAUUGGUACGACCUAUCUCCUGAGUGUCUUCAAGGCCAUCACCAUCAGCCCCAGACACUCCAUGUGGGCAGAGCUCAAUGUGAAAAUCCUGAAGUACAUUUGGCCCUUCAGGAUCCUCUGCUGGAUCCUCCACAUACUGGCACUGCUGACAUUCAGGGAUGUGGCCAUAGAGUUCUCCCAGGAGGAGUGGGGAUGCCUGAACCACACUCAGCGGGAACUGUACAGGGAUGUGAUGUUAGAGAACUACGGACACCUCCUCUUCCUGGGUCUCAUUGUGUCAAAGCCAGACUUGAUCAUGUUUUUGGAGCAAGAGAGGCAGCUCUGGGACGUGAAGAGAAAGGAGACAGUAGCCUUCCAUCCAGGUAGGUGGGAAUGA